UAGGAACAUAUAAAUAUCAAGGUGUUUUUAUUCAAAUUGAGAACUACCCAGCAAAAUGGGGAUCUCCAGGGUCAUCCUCGAAAUCUGUCUUUUAUUGGGUCCAGUUCUAUCUACAGUAAUACCAAAAACAGAAGACAUCACGGAAACCAGUUUUAAGGAGACACAGAGGCCAACUGGUCGGCGGAUCCUCUGGACUACAGACUAUGCUACUCAGACCCACACCACAUCCUGGACAGACUUCUGGAACACUGCAUCGACAACAGGGUUCGGGACCGAAUCGAGUUUGGCUCUGAGGCUGGUGAACGGAGGUGACCGGUGUCAGGGCCGGGUGGAGGUCCUGUACCGGGGCUCGUGGGGCACCGUGUGUGAUGACGAAUGGGACACCAACGAUGCCAACGUGGUGUGCAGACAGCUGGGCUGCGGCUGGGCCAGGUCGGCUCCAGGAAAUGCCCGUUUCGGGCAGGGCUCAGGGCCGAUUGUCCUGGAUAACGUGAGAUGCUCGGGGUACGAGUCCUACCUGUGGAGCUGCCCACACAAUGGCUGGAACUCGCACAACUGUAACCACGGGGAGGACGCCGGCGUCAUCUGCUCAGCUGCUCAGGCCCAGACCACAUUCUGGCCAGACUUCUGGACCACCUCAUCCACAACUGAAACGACAAUGCCAACCACAUCAGACUUCUGGGACACUGCAACCACAACAGGGUUCGGGACCGAAUCGAGUUUGGCUCUGAGGCUGGUGAACGGAGGUGACCGGUGUCAGGGCCGGGUGGAGGUCCUGUACCGGGGCUCGUGGGGCACCGUGUGUGACGACGAAUGGGACACCAACGACGCCAACGUGGUGUGCAGGCAGCUGGGCUGCGGCUGGGCCAUAUCGGCUCCAGGAAGUGCCCGUUUUGGGCAGGGCUCAGGGCCGAUUGUCCUGGAUAACGUGAGAUGCUCGGGGUACGAGUCCUACCUGUGGAGCUGCCCACACAAUGGCUGGAACUCGCACAACUGUAACCACGGGGAAGACGCCGGCGUCAUCUGCUCAGCUGCUCAGGCCCAGACCACAUUCUGGCCAGACUUCUGGACCACCUCAUCCAGAACUGAAACGACAAUGCCAACCACAACAGAAAUCCCAACUCCGUGGCCAGACUUCUGGACCACCACAUCGACAACUGAAACGUCAAUGCCAACCACAACUGAUACGGAGAGUCCGUCCACUAUCUGGGCAGACUUCUGGACCACCUCAUCCACAACUGAAACGACAAUACCAACCACAUCAGACUUCUGGACCACCUCAUCCACAACUGAAACGACAAUGCCAACCACAUCAGACUUCUGGGACACUGCAACCACAACAGGGUUCGGGACCGAAUCGAGUUUGGCUCUGAGGCUGGUGAACGGAGGUGACCGGUGUCAGGGCCGGGUGGAGGUCCUGUACCGGGGCUCGUGGGGCACCGUGUGUGACGACGAAUGGGACACCAACGACGCCAACGUGGUGUGCAGGCAGCUGGGCUGCGGCUGGGCCAUAUCGGCUCCAGGAAGUGCCCGUUUUGGGCAGGGCUCAGGGCCGAUUGUCCUGGAUAACGUGAGAUGCUCGGGGUACGAGUCCUACCUGUGGAGCUGCCCACACAAUGGCUGGAACUCGCACAACUGUAACCACGGGGAAGACGCCGGCGUCAUCUGCUCAGCUGCUCAGGCCCAGACCACAUUCUGGCCAGACUUCUGGACCACCUCAUCCAGAACUGAAACGACAAUGCCAACCACAACAGAAAUCCCAACUCCGUGGCCAGACUUCUGGACCACCACAUCGACAACUGAAACGUCAAUGCCAACCACAACUGAUACGGAGAGUCCGUCCACUAUCUGGGCAGACUUCUGGACCACCUCAUCCACAACUGAAACGACAAUACCAACCACAUCAGACUUCUGGGACACUGCAUCAACAACAGGGUUCGGGACCGAAUCGAGUUUGGCUCUGAGGCUGGUGAACGGAGGUGACCGGUGUCAGGGCCGGGUGGAGGUCCUGUACCGGGGCUCGUGGGGCACCGUGUGUGACGACGAAUGGGACACCAACGACGCCAACGUGGUGUGCAGGCAGCUGGGCUGCGGCUGGGCCAGGUCGGCUCCAGGAAAUGCCCAUUUCGGGCAGGGCUCAGGGCCGAUUGUCCUGGAUGACGUGAGAUGCUCGGGGCACGAAUCCUACCUGUGGAGCUGCCCACACAGAGGCUGGAACUCGCACAACUGUAACCACGGGGAGGACGCCGGCGUCAUCUGCUCAGCUGCUCAGGCCCAGACCACAUUCUGGCCAGCUUUCUGGACCAGCACAUCAAUACCUCAAACAACAAUGCCAACCACAACAGGGUUCGGGACCGAAUCGAGUUUGGCUCUGAGGCUGGUGAACGGAGGUGACCGGUGUCAGGGCCGGGUGGAGGUCCUGUACCGGGGCUCGUGGGGCACCGUGUGUGACGACGAAUGGGACACCAACGACGCCAAUGUGGUGUGCAGGCAGCUGGGCUGCGGCUGGGCCAGGUCGGCUCCAGGAAAUGCCCGUUUCGGGCAGGGCUCAGGGCCGAUUGUCCUGGAUGACGUGAGAUGCUCGGGGCACGAAUCCUACCUGUGGAGCUGCCCACACAGAGGCUGGAACUCGCACAACUGUAACCACGGGGAGGACGCCGGCGUCAUCUGCUCAGCUGCUCAGGCCCAGACCACAUUCUGGCCAGCUUUCUGGACCAGCACAUCGAAACCUCAAACAACAAUGCCAACCACAAUAGGGUUCGGGACCGAAUUGAGUUUGGCUGUGAGGCUGGUAAACGGAGGUGACCGGUGUCAGGGCCGGGUGGAGGUCCUGUACCAGGGCUCAUGGGGCACCGUGUGUGACGACGAAUGGGACACCAACGACGCCAACGUGGUGUGCAGGCAGCUGAGCUGCGGCUGGGCCGUGUCGGCUCCAGGAAAUGCCCGUUUCGGGCAGGGCUCAGGGCCGAUUGUCCUGGAUGACGUGAGAUGCUCGGGGCACGAGUUCUACCUGUGGAGCUGUCCACACAGAGGCUGGAACUCGCACAACUGUAACCACGGGGAGGACGCCGGCGUCAUCUGCUCAGAUGCCUGGUCCCAGACCACAAGCCCGCCAGCUCCUACGCUCCCUGUCAGCAGCCCAACCACAAAUUAUUCCUGUGGAGGCUUCCUGUCCCAGCCAUCCGGGCACUUUUCCAGCCCAUUCUAUCCUGGGAACUAUCCAAACAAUGCCAGAUGUGUGUGGGACAUAGAAGUCCAGAACAAUGACCGUGUGGCCCUUGUCUUCAGAAACGUCCAGCUUGAAGGGGGCUGUAACAACGAUUACAUAGAAGUGUUCGAUGGCCCAUACCACAGUUCCCCUCUCAUUGCCCGGGUUUGUGAUGUGUCAAGUGGAUCCUUCAUUUCGUCAUCCAACUUCAUGUCUGUUCGCUUCGUCAGUGAUGGCAGCAUCACGAGGAGAGGGUUCCAGGCUGAAUACUACUCUAGUCCUUCCAAUGACAGCACCAGGCUGCUGUGUCUGCCGAAUCAAAUGCAAGCCAACGUGAGCAGGAGUUACCUCCAAUCCCUGGGCUAUUCUGCCUGGGACCUUGUCAUUCCCACAUGGAACGGAAGCUACCAUUGUAAGCCCCAGAUAAUGUCAAGCCAAGUGAUAUUCACAAUUCCCUAUUCAGGCUGUGGUACCACCCAGAAGGUGGAUAAUGAUACCAUCAUCUAUUCCAACGUGCUCAAAGCAGAUGCUGCAAGUGGCAUCAUCAGUAGGAAAAAGGACCUCCACAUUCACCUCAGCUGCAAAAUGCUCCAGGACACCUGGGUUGACACAAUGUACAUUGCUAAUGACGACAUCGAGGUCAAGGAAGUGCAGUAUGGCAAUUUCGACGUGAACAUUUCCUUUUAUACGUCACCUUCAUUCUUAUAUCCCGUGACCAGCAGCCCAUACUACGUGCACUUGAACCAGGACUUGUACCUUCAGGCCGAAAUCCUCCAUUCCGACGCCUCCUUGGCCUUGUUUGUGGACACCUGUGUGGCGUCGCCAGAUUCCAGUGACUUCACCUCUCUGACUUAUGAUAUAAUCCGGAGAGGGUGUGUGAAGGACGAAACCUACCAGUCCUACCAACCGCCAUCACCCCGUAUCGCCCGCUUCAAGUUCAGGUCCUUCCACUUCCUGAACCGCUUCCCCAAGGUGUACCUGCAGUGUAAGAUGGUGGUGUGCAGGGCCUACGACCACUCUUCCCGCUGUCGCAGAGGCUGCAUUGUGAGGGCUAAGAGGGAUGUGGGCUCCUACGAGGAGAAGAUGGAUGUCGUCCUGGGGCCCAUCCAGCUGCAGGCCCCCGAUGUUGAGAAGAGGAGCCUGGACAACCAGUUCUGAUGCCAUCACCUGCCCUGGGACCACGGCCCUUCCUGUCAUCCUGACUCCGACAUCCUCUCCUUCCAAGACCUACCGGUGGCUGGCGUGGAGGAGAAGGCCAGCACCCAGGGGAGCUACCAGAGCACUGCCAUCUUCGUGGGGGUUUUCCUGGUUGUGGUCCUGGCCGUGGUGGCUGUCACACUGAGGAGGAGCUUCUGCAUCUGAACCGCCCGUGGCCAGCCUCUGAGGUCUACAAUGUGACACCAGGAGAAGGCACACAGCCGCACUCAGGCAUUGGCUGCACAGGCUCUGGAACCCAAGUGAAAAAGGAAGAAAUGCGUGCCCUGACCUUGGCACCCAGCAACACCCAAACUCUUUUAACUCUGGCUCGGGCACUUAGGCUAAGAUGGGGAUGUACAAAGUCAGGGCAGGUGUUCCUAAAACCACAGGCUCGGUGCUGCGACAAAAUAUCAGGCAGCUGUGAGCCAAACCCUGGUCGCAGCGGAGCUUUCUCUAGAUAGAAUUUCUUUUCUGACUUCUUAGGCGUGUAGUAUACAUCUUAGUCUUUUGAUUUAUAGGACAAGCCAAAUAAAGAAUUUUUUUCAAAGCAA